AUGGCAAAAAAAUACGCUGUGAUAUAUUUUCCUGCAGAGAAUAUUUAUUCAGAAAUUCCAACGUCCUGGCUCACUCCAGACAAGGAGUACUGCUGGUGGCCAAAUUCAAUAAACUGCAAAUCAUUCAUGACCAGAGAUGAACCUCCAGAUGAAUCCACCUGGGCUCGUCACAGAAUUAAAUUUGAAGUUUAUGCCUCCACUUUAGAAAGUGCCCGUAGAAAGGCAGAAAAUCCGUCGUAUAUGACAGGCGGAGAAGAACUGGUGCCUAAGAUAAGAACUAGGAAACCUCGGACAAUAAGCAGCAACAGCAGCAGCUGUUCUGAGACAAUUACUCCACCCCCUUCACCAAAAAAAUUGAAAAAAAAGAAAUUAACAUCCACUAAUCAGCUCAAAAAGGUGAUGGCCCUUGGUGAGCAAACGGAAAUCCCUGCUGAACAAGAAAUUCAGGAAACAAUCAAACUUCCCAACCCACCUGGCCAGGAAAAAAAAAAAUGGAAAAUUCAACAUGUAGUGGGAAUACAAAACAACUUGACGAAUUGCUAGUUGCUGUUGAAAAACUAAGCCUCACUGUUGCAAACAUGCAAAAAUAUAUUAUCAGCAUUGAUAAUAGAUUAAAAACAAUAAAUGCUGAAGAAGGCAGGGUAGUGGCGGACAAAGUGAUGGAAAAUUUAAACAAAAAUUUACCAUUGACGUCUACGGAAAACGUACCGGAAUUUGAUGAAAUGAUGGAAAAUGAAGACUUUAAAAAUACCUAUGUACAGUUUAUCAAGCGCAUUGGAGGGCGAGAUUUCAAAGACCAUGUGAAUAGGUCCUUGCCAAAAAUAUUCACCAAUGACCUGGGUAAAGAAUGCUCUUAUAUCGGAUUGAGAGGAAAUUAUAAACUGCAAAAGUUUAAUUUUAUGCGAAUUUUCGUAGAUAUUAUUAUGGUACAGCACUCGGCUACCCUACACGAAGUAGAAAAAAGUGUGGGAGAAUGGUUCCGGUUGUCCAAUCAAAGAAAAAAGAGGGUAGAAAAAAAUUCAAAAGAUUGA